AUGGAGGAGGCUGAGUCAGAGGAAGAGGAGCAUGAGCUCCCUAUGUACCAAGAGCACUACAAUGCUCUCUUUUCCAUGGACUUUGUGGAGACCAAAUACCCACAUGAUGACACAAUGAGGGCUCUUGGGAUCUUUGAGUAUGUGGAGUUAGUCCUCAAGAACAUGCGCUUGGGAAAAUUCUUCUCUCAUCGCAUGGAGUCAUACAAGGAGCUCACUUGUGACUUUUUGGCGUCGAUGAGGUUUCACAAGUAUGGUGAGUUCGAUCGAGCUGAGUUGGACCUGGGGAUGGAUAACAUUCUUGGCAAGAGGAGAAAGGAAGGUGAUCACCUUCAGGCAGCUGGAGAUCCUCUUUGGAUUCUCCUCUUCAAGAUCCAAGGCUGCUCAGAUAAGGAGCCCUAUGCUAAGAUAUGUACACAAGGCCCUUACCAACACCUUCUUUGCAAGGAAGGCCACUGCCGGGGUCCAAUUAGACAAGAGGAGGUCAACUCCAGCUGGAUGGAUGGAUAUCAAGUUGAUAGACCCCUGAUUAUAGAUCGGCAGUUUGAAGCAAGAUUGGAUGAUGAAAUGAUGAAGGAUGGAAUGAAAACAAGAUGGAAUGGACUUGGGCGUUGUGGCAAGAAGAUGGAUGAUCAUGUUUAG